AAAUAAUUGAGUCAGUAGGUGAAGGCGUGAAGCAAUAGUAAAAAAGUUGGUUUUUGGGGACUAAUAUACACGUAUGGAUUGUAACGUCCAGACUAAAGACUGCCACUGGCCCUGGCCUCUGUGAUGGUGGUCAGAGUGUUCGAUAGACCUAGUUACUUAAACAAAACAGUUAAACUAAUCAUAUUUCAAAUUAUAUCUAUCAACAUGAAAGCCUGCAUGGUUGUGAUCAACUGGUAGACUAAAUUUGAGAAUAUAUUACAUUUAAGGUUCUAGUAUUUCAAAAAUUAAAAAGUUCGGGUUUUUUCUAAAACAAAAUUACAGCUAUGUAAAAAAAUUGAGUUUGAAUUUUGAUUGAUGCAGUUUACACAGUAGUUGGUUACAUGCAGUUUUAUUACUUCUCACAUUAGUCAAAAACAUAUUCCAAACUCAGAGUGGGAUAAUGUCAUAAUCAAUUAUUUUUAUAACAUUAAAUGUAUUAAUUUUUAAAUUGACCGAAUCAGCCGAUAGCAUAUAUUAAUAUGAAGUUAUACAAAAUUACAUCUAAAUCAUGCCGAUGCAGUUUACAUAGUAGUUGGAUACAUGCAAUCUAAUUACUUCUUACAUUAGUCAAAAACUUAUUCUAAACUCGAAUCGGAUAAUAUCAUAAUCAGUCAAUUUUGCAACUUUAAAUAUAUCAAUUUCGCGGUUGACUGAAUCCACCGAUAUCAUGUAUUAAAACAAAAAUUUAUCAAAACACAUCCACAAAAACUGUUAAAAACGUUAAAACUAUAAUCCAACAAAUCACAUCCACAACUUUCAAUAUAUUAUUUUUAAUAACUUUAAACACUCUAACUGAAAACAAUAAACACUCUAAACCUUAUUUUUGAAUGAAGAAAAGAAAAAGCAAAUGGAAAAUUCCAAAAAAACGCAUAUUAAAUAAAUAAUCUUUUAUAUAAUACGGACUUGUAUAUUGUUCUCACCUUAUGUGCUUUCGUUCCUCUCUCGAAGACUUGGUGUUGAAACAGCGACCAGAGCUCGUCCUCUCUCCGAAAACACGAUACUUGUUCGAUCUCCUUUGCUUUCAUUACCAACUCCACAAUCAUACAGCCACCACAAACUCCAACAUUGCUCAAAGUUUGAGACAGAAACUAAACUCAGACAAGCUCGUCCAGGUUCCUCUAAGAAUGGUUCGUCUGAUGGAUGAGGGAAACACUCUUAUGGAAGAAUCCUCUGAUGUUGAGUUUGCAUGUGGAGAUCCAAAAGUUGAGCCUCGUGUUGGAGAUGAGUUCCAGGCCGAGAUUCCUCCUAUGAUGUCUGCAUCUAAACGUGCAUUGUUUCUCUCCACUCCUCUACCUUUGGAUGAUUCCUCAUAUUCCUUUCUCGUCGGACAACCUGUCCAAGUAAUGUGGAUAGACAAGCAUCAAAACGGUCAAGUAAACGGAGAUGAUGAUAGUAUUGACAUGAACCAGUCUUUGAAAUCUUUAAGAACAAAAAGAACUCGCUCCUCCGCCAAGAAUGACAAGAAGCAAAGAAUGAAUCUUGAGGCUGUUCCGGAGAUACCAUCCAGCUCUUGGGAAGAUCAUGAGGUGGCUAGCUUCGUUCUUGGUCUGUACACAUUCGGGAAGAACUUUACUCAGGUGAAGAAGUUCAUGGAGAGCAAAGGAACAGGAGAGAUAGUGUUGUACUACUAUGGGAAGUUCUACAAUUCAGCUAGUUACCACAGCUGGUCUGAUUCACGCAAGAAGCGGAGGCGGAAGUGUGUGUACGGAAGAAAGCUUUAUACAGGUUGGAGGCAACAGCUGUUGUUGUCCCGUUUGAUUCCUUCUAUCUCUGAUGAAUCUCAGAAGCAAACACUUGUGAAUGUCUCAAAGUCAUUUGCUGAAGGGAACAUCACUCUUGAGAAAUACAUAAGCUUGGUGAAGGAUCUUGUGUCUCUCAAGCUUUUGGUUGAAGCUGUGGGGAUUGGUAAAGGAAAAGAAGAUCUCACGGUUAUUACAUCAGGACCACCAGUGAAGACCAAACCAUGGUUCACGGUUUCUCCAAAAUCUUCUUCUUCCGUCCCUGGCUUAGAUGCUUACACUUCACUCACAUCUGCCGACAUAAUAAACCAGUUAACCGGCAGUUCACGACGUCUAAGCAAAGCGCGUUGCAGUGAUAUCUUCUGGGAAGCUGUGUGGCCGCGUCUGCUAGCCAGAGGAUGGCGUUCGGAGCAGCCCAAGGAGCGAGGCUAUUUUGCUUCUAAGGAUAACAUUGUGUUCAUCGUCCCUGGCGUGAAAGAGUUUUCGAGAGGGGAGCUUGUUAAAGGCGAUGAUUACUUUGAUUCCGUUAGUGACAUUCUGACAAAGGUUGCUUCGGAGCCUGAGCUGCUUGAGUUUGAAACAGGAGGAGAGUUACGGGAAGGAGACGCCAAUGCAGAGAACUCUUCUGGCCAAUCUGAUGAAGAGUCUUCCCCAUCUGAUAGUCAAAGACAUCGUUACUUAAAGUCUCCAUGUUCUAACCGUGGAACUCUUCAAAUGAACUUCACUGUUGUGGACACUAGUUUGGCUGCAGGAGGGAAGCUGUGUGAUUCACGGAAUCUGAGUGCAGAACCUCUAGUUUGUUCUGAGUCCAAGACUCGUUUAGGAGAUAAACUGGACUGUCAGAAUGUGGAAAUGCCCCCAAGUGAUGGCAGGAAAAAGGAUUAUAUAGGGGAAGAAUCUAGUAUAAAGGAGGAGGAGGAGACUUUGGAGAAGGUCAAGGAUCCAUCAAAGAGGCUGAUCAAGCAUAGGUCUAACCAACGAGUAGAAACUGAUGAUCGUUCAGUAAGUUCUGCUCCAUCGUUGAAACGCAGACGGCUCAGUGCUUGCGUGAGAAGUGAGAAAAGCCUUUCAAGAGAGAGUUCAGUGUUCAAACAUUCACCGGGUGAUGAGACAAAGAGCACGGUAUGUCCUGAAGUAGAUCACUUAGGUUUAUGCGCUGUCCAAAACCAAAAUGGCACUAGUGAAGAGAUGAAUGAAGAAGACAAAGAGAGAUAUGAAACUGAUUAUAUGAACUUGUCUGAUCAAUCAAAAAAGACUAGAGCUGGACCGUCUUCUGCGGUUGUAAAGAUCGAAGAAAUGCCAGAGGAGAUAAGAACAUCCCCACAUGAACUCAUUUCGUCAGAACAAGAACCAAACGGGUGCUGUUCAGUGUCUGACUCAGACAAAAAACGUGCUACCAUUGUUCCUAAACAAGAGCAAGCAGUUGAGCUCCCUUCAAUUCCAGGCUCUAACAGUUAUCCUUCCAAUGAUCUGGGAACUACUCAAGAACUUGGUUCCUCAGAGCAACAACAACAGCACGACAAUACAGAUGCUCCUAGAAGACAGAGCACAAGAAAGCGACCAUUAACCACCCGGGCUUUGGAAGCUCUUGAAUCCAGUUAUCUUACAACCAAGGAAAUGAAAAGCACGGUUAAACCAAGAAAACGUGCAAAGAAAAACCGCUCAGCUAAGACGUGUAAUAGAGCACAACCUUUGCCAGACAAUGGGAAUGCACGUUUGGAGAAAAGAGGAGAGGAUGAGAGCAAAGCAACAGAUCAAAUAGAGGAUUCAAAGCCUACCCUUCCUCUUAAUGGGGAAACAACUGCGAGUACGGCUCUGGAUCAAAGACAAGAUUCAGAGCCGGUGCUAACUGAACGUCCUAAACUUCCACCUAUUGUUUUGAAGUUUUCACUCAAGCGUAGCAGAUGAGCUUCAGAGACUCAAGUCUGAGAAGUUUGGGUGCUGGUUGUGAGUGGAUUCGCCUUGCCAUAGAAUAAAUGUGUACAAAAAAGUAAAAGAUUAAAGGUGUUUCAAUCCAUACCAUUCUUCUUUGUUAUUUUAUUUUCUCUAUUCAGUUUCUAACUUUCUUCAUAUCUCAUUGAAUACAUAUUGCCCAAUAUUGAAGUGGAAUAGUGAUUGCUCAUGCA